AUGUCGACUACAAGAAUCUCAACUCCAAAAAGGUCUCCAAAAAAAUCGACAUUCACUAAAACAGGAAUUCAAGUCACAAAAUCAACUCCCAAUCUCGGUGCCUCCUACAAUUUGGCUUUAUUACAAGCUUCAGGAGCUUCACCGGUUCUUGCACAUUUUUCCAAUAACGGUCAGGGUUUUGGUCUAAACAAUCCUAGGUCGAAGCCAUCUCGACAAGUCUCACUCGCAUCCCUUACCUCAAAUUCACUGGCGGCAAUACCGGAUGCUAGUAAAAGAUACCCUCUUUCAACCGUUUUUGAUGAGGAUAUGCCACCAGCAGGCAACAUGUAUACACCUUCUCGAGUUGGUGGUGGGCCCGAUGAGUUGGAGGUGGGUGACAUAGUUGAUGUUCCUGGUAACAUGUAUGGUACUGUCAGAUUUGUCGGCAGUGUGCAAGGCAAGAAGGGGGUCUUUGCCGGAGUGGAAUUGGAUGAGAUGUUUGCUUCCAAAGGGAAGAACAAUGGUGAUGUUGAAGGUCAAUCAGUUGGCCCAGGUAGAAUUCAAAAAACCCGACCAUCGAUAGCCACACCAACCACAUCACGACCAGAGUCUCCAGUACGAAGAGCAGCCGCUGCUAGGACAUCAAUAAAUGCACCCGGGCAGAGAGUCCCAUCUCGAUAUGGAAGUCCUGCAGCGGCGAACUUUGGGCAGAACAUUAGAGGAGUGCAAGAUGCUAGAGACCCAAGCAAGAAAGUCGGUUACGCCCCAACAAAUGGCAUGAAGACACCAGUCCCUCCACGAAGUGUUUCGGCACUUGGCACAGGGAGUAGACCUGCAGCAAUGAACCUCAGUGAUGAAGAUACACCUUCUGCUGGAAUUACACGGACGGCAACAAACGGGAGUGUGAGCUCAAUCUCUUCCUUCAACGCAAAGUUACGACCUGCAUCAAGAUCCGCCUCGCGUGCGUCCCGAGCUACUGACGACGAGGUCGAGCGAUUGAGAGGUCUACUGGAGGAGCGCGAUCGGGAAAUAAAAGCACAAGCUUCAAUCAUAGAAGACAUGGAAAAGACUCUUAGUGAAGCUCAGUCACUGAUGGAGGACAACAAUGAGAACGCGGGCGGUCAUAGAGAUAGCCGGGGAAGCAUGGAGGACAAAGACGCAGCACAAUUGAGAGCAAUAAUUCGUGAAAAGAAUGAAAAAAUCGCCAUGCUGACUGCUGAGUUUGAUCAGCAUCGAGCUGAUUUCAGAAGUACAAUAGACACACUUGAGAUGGCUGGUGCUGAAACCGAAAGAGUCUACGAUGAGCGCAUGAGUAAUCUUGUAAUGGAGCUCAGGACGAUGCAUGAGAACAGUCAUGAUGUGAAGCAUGUUGCUGUACAACUGAAACAGCUAGAAGAGCUUGUUCAGGAGCUUGAGGAAGGUCUUGAAGAUGCGCGGCGUGGUGAAGCCGAGGCUCGCGGUGAGGUCGAGUUCUUGCGUGGAGAGGUUGAAAGAACUCGAUCUGAGCUUCGUCGUGAGCGGGAGAAAACUGCUGAAGCUCUCAGUAACGCAAAUCCUGCUACGGGUGUGGGUGCAGCAACACUUUCUAAAGAGAUUGCACAAAGAGAUGACGAGAUCCGCGGUUUGAAAGCUAUCAUUCACUCGCUUAGCCGAGAUGCCAUACCUGAUGGGAAUUUCUCGGAUCAUGAAAAGACACCAAGUGUUACACGACCAGGGCUACAUCGAAGCCGUACGGAAAGCGCUUCAGCUUCAGAGGAGGAGCGUCUUAGCCGGGAGAAGUUGGAACGAGAAGUGAGCGAACUUCGUGCCGUCGUAGAAAGUAAAGACAGCAAGGAAGAAGAAAUGGAGCGUGAGCUAGAGGGGCUACGAAGGGGAAGUGUCAGCAAUUCUACUACGCAGCGUACUAGUGCCAUUAGCAGUGGAACUGCAACCCAGGAUAGAAACUCUGUCCGAGAUUCCAAAGGCACAGUUGGAAGCUGGCGGGACCGCGAAGGAACAUCGGAUGUUCACCACCACAACUUGGAGUCAAUGCCAGAGAUUGACGGUUACUCUUCAGCAGCGGAGGAUUUCUGUGAAUUGUGCGAGGCAUCAGGUCAUGAUGUUCUACAUUGCCCCAUGUUCGGUCCUAAUGGUAAUAGUGGCAACUCUAGAGAGGAGUCUCCUAAAGAGCAACGAACAGGAAAAGACGUUGUCAUGGAAGGACUCAAACUAUCACCCAAACUAGCGCAAGAAGAAUACGAACCAGCACCUUUAGCACCAGCCAAGAAGUCGUCUGAUGACUCGCCUAUUAAAACCAUCCCUAACCUCAUGGACCCAGGUGCUGCUCCAGGAAAAGCAAGUGGAGUCAUCAAUAUGGACAAAUGGUGCGGUGUAUGUGAACGAGAUGGACAUGACAGCAUUGACUGUCCGUUUGAAGAUGCAUUUUAG